GUUUAUGUUGUACUGGGAUCAAGCCAAAUCUUGUUUUCGCUCUGAUCGUGUUUUAUUUCUUGGAUUUAAACCUCUACCAGUCGGCAGAUACUAUUUAAAGCGCUUGUGGAUAUAGAUAGACACUUUCUCCAAACAAAGCUCAUGACGCUAACACAGUACUACGACGCUAAGAAAUGAAUAAUCGAUUACCCAAGCCAUAAGAGUACAAACUUCACGUACUCUGAACAGAUCACUCGAAUACAGCCAGAGAUGACAAGACUGCUAGGACUGUCUCUCUAUCUUCUGCUAGCAGUCCUGGUGCAUACGGCAACAUCACAAACUCUGCCCUGUGCCAAUAAUGGACUUUGUCCCAACAACACCUACUGCUCAGAGACUCCUUCUGGAAUACCUAACUGUAUAGCGUGUGAUGACGCCUGUGCUCUGACCUGUGAUGGCCCUGGCCCAGAAAGAUGUACAGCAUGUAAAGUUGGCUACUACAAGCCUCCAGGGAUCAUCAGUCCUUGCACUGAAUGUCCCACUGGAAAGUUUGGCAAAGAUUGUACCUCCACAUGUCAUUGUCUAAACAACGAGCUCUGCAACAAAAACAACGGCACUUGUGGGGGCUGGAAGUGUGACAGGGGCUACACAAACAUCCCGUUCUGUCAAGACAUCUGCCCUGCUGGUACCUUUGGCCUAGACUGUGCCUCUAGGUGUCACUGUCCUGUUGGUGACAACUGCAGCAAUGUCAAUGGUGACUGCUCAAGUGGAAGGUGUGACCCAGAUUAUGGCGGUGCUGCCUGCCAAAGGAGACUUCCAAAACUAGCUCUUCCACCAACUGUGCAGUACGUGUCAUGUAACGUCAUUAAAGUUAUAUGGGACGCUUUCAACCAAUCAAAAGAUAUUGGCACUGGGCCUGUAGGACAAUACCAAAUUUAUCAAAAGCUUGUUACCACCAAUACAAGCAUCAGCUGGGUGGGUAUCUUCAACUACACAUCAGAUGAUACCCUCAGGAGCUAUGUGCUAACAGUCCCACGGGCCCAGUUGACUGAGGAGAGUGAAUAUAUCUACAGAGUUGAUGUUGUUGGCUCAGACUCUGGGAAAUUAUUGCGCCAAGUUAGUUCAGGACCCACCUCAGAUUCUGUAGGAAACACUUGCAGAGUAACUACAGUAGCACCUGUUGUUGUAUCUGAUCAAGUCUUUCAGUCCUUUACACUGAGAGCAGUCAACAGCAGUUUAAUUCAGCUAGAUUUUACUGUCCUCCCUGACUACACCAGAUACAACUACACAUUGACACUGUCCAGACAACUGCUGGGGAAUGGGGAUUGUGAUGAUGUCACUGGUAGUAUAACAUCUUACAACCUGAACAUAAGUCAACCUCCCUUUGCUAUAGCUAACUUGGCUAGCUGGAGCAAGUACAGGAUUGUUGUCAACGCAACCGCUGUGGGUGUCAAUGUGAAGGAGAUCAGGACACAAAAUGUGACCACAUCAGCUGUAGUUCCAGAAGGGGGGAUAACCAACCUGACACUGGAAAGUGUAACUUCAACAAGGGCAGUGGUAACGUGGAAUCCAUUGCCUUGCAGUCAGAGAAAAGGUCCACUGAGGUCCUACAAUCUGUACCUUGAAGUUGUCAAUACCUCAAACAGCAACAGAAGUUUCCUGGGACUGGACACAAGAUAUCAGUUCACUGACCUGCUGCCCUACACCAACUACUCACUACAAGUGGCUUACAACAACAUCAUUGGUGAAGGCCCUUUAAGCCAGAAGUUCUUUUUUGUAACAGAUGAAGGAGCCCCAUCAUCAGUUGAAAUUGUCUCCCUUAUACCAACAUACUCCACCAUCUUUGUGAACUUCACUCCCCCUGUCAAUAAAAAUGGCGUCCUCACCAUGUAUAUGGUGACAUUCAGUGAGUCAGCCAGCUUCACCGCGUCAGAGUCAGUCAAUGUACCUGCGUCAGCUGACCUCAGGACUGUGGUGGUAGAGAGACUUAAGCCUAUGACAACAUAUUUCCUCAAGAUGUCAGCCAAAACAUCAGCAGCAACUGGUCUCUACGGCAACACAAAAUCUGUGACCACCUUACAGUCCCCGCCCUCAGCUGACACCAUACAGCUGACCAUGACGUCACACACAUUAAACUGUCUGACACUUGAAUGGGCUCUACCUAAGGAAAGAACAGAUAACGCUACUCACAUUGUGCUUGAGGUGAGGAAAGCAACAGUGGCCACAAUUGUAAAAAAUGUGACCUUGAACUCUACAGACAGCUCCUACCAGUUGUGUGACUUGAAACCUAGCACUUUCUAUGUGGUGACAAUAACGGGGUUCAAAGGUCAAGAUGUACUGGCUAGAGGCACAGAGACCUUCAGUACAGAGCACGGCACCCCACCAGUUCCUGUGGCACCAGUUUUUGUGAGGUCGACCUACACCAACUUCACCGUGACCAUUGAGCCUGUGGUAUCUGAUGGUGCUCCAGUUACUGGCUACCAACUGAUGCUGCAGAAGGUUGCCGCAACCAAAAGAAAAAAACGUGUUGCUGGUGUACCUGGCACAGUUGUGGCAGAACUGACAACUGCCAACGUCACUCGUCGAAGGGAAUUUGUCAUUGGUGAUAAUCAGACAUAUGGACAAGCAUUUAAUAAGGAACUAGAAGCCAACACCCUAUACAUGCUGUACUAUGUUGUGCUGAGUACAUUCAACCAGAACACAACUUUCAGCUUCUCCAAGUUAAAAGAUCCAGUACGCACUAUACCCUUUGACCCUUCACUAGCGCCACCUAUACCACUGGCUGUCACAGAUAAAAACACAACAUGUCUAAAUAUAUCCUGGUCAGUUCCCGAUGAGGUUCAGCCAUCAUUAACAAGUUUCACUUUUGCCCUGAGAAAGUCCAGUGAAACAACACCAACCCUCACACAGAACCUGAACCCCAACAUAACAAACGUGGUGGCAUGCAGCCUGACACCAUUCACCACCUACACUGCCCUGGUGACAGCCCGGACAGCCAAUGGUGUCCUAGCAGUGUCAUCUGACAGCUUCACCACAUUGCAUGAGUCGCCACGUACACCUGUGGCUCCAGUGUUCAUCAACUCCACGUACACAACUAUAGCUGUUGCCUUGGAGCCAGCUGUCCUGACAGCCGGGCCUCUUACAGCUUACCAGCUGCAGGUGGAAAAAGUCAGCGCACCUGUUGGCCGACGUAAACGUAUGACAGGUGUUCCAGGUUACGUAACGGCAGAGCUGAGCCAGGCCGACAUAACCCAGAGAACAAACUUUGUUGUGGGGGACGGUAAAACUUACGGGGGAUACACCAAUAUCAAGCUAGAAGAGAGGACCUGGUACAAGAUUCACUAUGUUGUCAUCAGUACGUCAAGUAAUGUAACAAAGUACAGCUACGCAUCUUUAAACCCCCAGGUGCAAACUGUACCCUACGUCCCCACCGUAGCUCAACCUGUCUCUGACAGUGAGGAUAAAAGCACUCUCAUCGGUGUUUUGGUAGCACUCGUCAUCUUCAUCAUUAUCAUCUUCAUCAUCCUCCUCAUCUACUGCUGGUGGAGGAGGAAAAACAGGUUUGUUCCGUACGAGGUUCAGGAAGACGACAUCAAACCUAUAGAGCUCCCACCAUACGUUGAUGACUAUGACCCAUCUAAAUACUGGAGCUCAACAUACAACUUAAAAGACAGCCGACAUAUCAUAGCAGGGAGGGACUGGGUGUACGGGCAACAACCAUAUCAAAAUGGAGAACUUAUCCCAAAUCCAAACUUGUACAAAAUCACCUUUAAAGAUGAGUUUCAGAACCUGCCGCACAAAUCUAAGAAAGCCACAGACAACUCUGCCCGCAGGUACAAGAACUUCAACAGGUUCCCUCACCUGCUGCCAUAUGACCACAGUCUUGUAGAGCUGCAGGCAGACGCCAGCUGUCGCAGGACUUACAUCAACGCCAGCUUCAUCCCAGGCUACAAGAAAACCCCAGCCUACAUCGCAGCACAGAGUCCGUAUGACGAGGAGACUGUUCUAGACUUCUGGCGCUUGAUUUAUCAGAGGUCCAUCAAGACUGUGGUGAUGAUCACCAACACAGUGGAGGACAACAUCGUCAAGUGCACGCAGUACUGGCCAGCAGAGACCAAGGCCAGCUUUGGCCACUUCCUGCUCCACCUGACAGAGACCACCAUUUAUGCCGACUACACCAUCAGAACCAUUGAGGUCAAGAGCAACAGCGACGAGUUCUCAAAGAUCGUCCGUCUGUUUGAGUUCACCUCCUGGCCAGACCACGGGGUCCCAGAUGACCCGAUUCCAUUUUUAGAAAUGCGCUACAAAGUUAGACGCUACCAUUACGAUGAACCAACACCAAUUUUAGUGCAUUGUGGGACAGGGAUGGGGAGAACUGGAGUCUUUAUUGCAGUUGAUGCAUUGAUUAACAUGUACGCGGCCGAAGGACGGGUUCAAGUCUUUGAUUAUGUACGCAAAAUCCGCAAAGAUCGCCCGUAUAUGGUGCGUACACUCAAACAAUACAUCUUCAUCUAUGAAGCCUUGUUUGAAGAGUUCCACGCGGGUAAUACACUGGUGGGGUUUGACCUGAAGGAGAGGUACCACUGCUGGACACAGAUGAACCCAAAGACUGAACACACUUACCUGAGAGACCAGUUUAGGCUGCUGGAGAAGUACAACAGGGGACCUCCUAGAGCUGAGUGUAAGACUGGCCUCAUGCAGGCCAACGUCCAGAAGAACAGAUAUUUAGAUGUGAUACCAUCAGAGAAACACAGGCCAUUGCUGCAGACAUUCGGAGGGCCCAACCCCACAGACUACAUCAACGCCUUGUUCCUGGAUGGCUACAUGACAAAAAACCAGUUCAUCAUCACCCAGACCCCACUCCACACAACCAUCAUUGACUUCUGGAAGCUGGUCUAUGACUAUGACGUAAGAACCAUUGUCAUGGUAGAAAACUUCAAGAAUGAAGAUGACUCUUGCGCUGAGUACUGGCCUUCUGUCAACUUGAAACAGUUUGAACCUUUUUUCAUUGAGACGACGGCCGUCUUCCAACAGGACAACAUCACAAUACGCAACUUCAAGCUACGCAGCACACAAAACCCAAAGGCUGUACCUAAAAAUGUACGACAAUUCCAGUUUAACGCAUGGGCUCAACUUAACCCCACCCCGCAGUCUAAGACAAUGAUGAUGGAUCUGAUUGACAGCGUCUUUGAUUGGCAGGACGAGGCUUGUCAGAACGAGAGGCCUGUGGUUGUCCACUGUCAAGAUGGGGCGUCACACUCAGGCCUGUUUGCCAUCUUGGCAAUUAUUUGUGAGAAAAUGGAGGAAGAAGGUGAAGUGGAUGUGUACAGGACCAUCAAACACUGCAAGAGGCGACGCCCACAGUUUCUCACUGAUUAUGAUCAAUUUCGUUUCUGCUACAAGACAUUGUGGGAUUUCAUGAAUCUGCGAAUGCCUGAUGGGUUUUUUACAGAAACCUUGGGGCAGACCAAGAACGAUAAAUCGUAUGGAGUUGCUUCCCUUAACCUGAACUCUUAUUCCCAGCUGGAUGAAUACACAUCAGAACUGUGAACACACUCACUGCUUUAUGACUUGUGUUUACAUGUACUCUAUCUAUUGAUGAACACACUUACUGUUUUAUGACUUGAGUUUACAUGUACUGGAUCUAUUGAUCACCAACACCAAAUCUACCUAUCAAAAAUGAUUUUAUCAUAAUACUGCAUCAAGCUCUGUCUAUAUUGAAUACCAAUACCAAAAGCUACACAAAAAUCUAUAUUUAAUGCUACACUGUGUAUAUUGAUUACCAAUAGCCCCACAAAUAACGCUAUCAUAACAGGCUGCAUCAAGAACUGUGUAUAUUGAUUACCAAUAGCCACACAAAUAACAUUAUCAUAUGCACUAUAUAGAUGUGAGAUGCUAGGAUUCAUUGUUUACAUUUACAAAGCUUACAGCUGCAUUCAGACCUGAUUUCCUUACAUUGUUUUUUUAUUUUAUAAUCUACAACUUUUAUAAAAUGAUUGAUAUUUCUGUAAAAAGAGCCUAUUAAUGUGAUGUAUAAUAAUAUAUUAUUUUGUAAAAAAAAAACAAAGUUGGUGCUUUAAAUUUUCUUGUUACUUCACCCUGUAAAUAUAAUCUAUAUAUUUAUAUCAUACAGAUAUUGAUAAUAACCCUAUAUUUUUACACAGCAAAACUGAUCUGAUACACAGCUUUUUUAUGUAGUAUAUAUAUUUCUGUGAUGUAUAAAAGACUGCAUAUAUAAAAUUAUAUUUUACACACAAAAAUAUUCUUAUACCUAAUUUAAGAUCACAUUCCUCACUUGCUGUUAUUUUUUGAACAGCAAAGAGCAGCAUCUUGUUUUUUAUUAUUUUGAGAUCUGAUAAAUAUUUACAGAUGAAACCUAGAUCAGAGUGUAAUGAAAUAUUUUUUUUUGUUGGUUUAGCAUAUAUUUAUAAAAACUAAAUCAGAGUGUAAUAAAAAUUUAAUUUUUUUUUUGGUUUAGUAUAUAUUUAUGAAAACUAAAUCAGAGUGUAAUAAAAUUUAAUUUUUUUGUUGGUUUAGUAUAUAUUUAUGAAAACUAAAUCAGAGUGUAAUAAAAUUUAAUUUUUUUGUUGGUUUAGUAUAUAUUUAUAUAACAAAUGGAUUAAGAUUAAUUUUUUCCAUGGGAUAUUUGCGCCAGUACUUUAAAGUUCUAUUGAAAGUAGUCUUAGAUUUGGGGGUUUCUUAAUUUAGUUCAGUGGUAGAAAAAACUUUUGGUUUUGUAGUUGACUUACACUGUCUUUAAAUUUAUGUCUUUUAACCAAUUGUAGUAUCUUUAAUGUAGAAGUGGCUACUUUAACUUGUGUUUUACAAAAUGCUACUAACUAGUUACAAUUUAGAUGUUUGAAGUGAUGGGUCUGUUUUUGAAAACUCUUGUCCAGUGUAAGCAAAA